AUGGGUGCUGUGGCUCUUGACAUCCCCGUGACAAUCGCGUAUGGAGCAGUAUGCUUAUUUGUGGUCAUCGCAAUUUUUAUUCUCUACCUCAUCUUGUACUUCAUGAUUUCAUGCGAGAACGCGGCUCUAGACAUAGAGGAAAGUUAUGUGCCGGUCUCCGAUUUCAUGCAACCAAUCCAACCCGUGGCAUGGUACAGCGUGCAAGUCGCAGUAGUCGCAGAUUUUUUCAAAAUUACUCCUGAUGAGGUACUCACUGAGUACCAGCGAGAUGUUGCUGCACGGACAUGGAUAGUGCGCCACUCAUUCCCCAGGAAUGACCUUACAUCCAAGUUCCUGAGCAGUUUCCGUUCAAGAUUCCUCAAAAGAGGCUACGACAUGAAUGCUGUAGUUAGCAAGACUGUAGUGGCUCUCAGCAGAGAAGACAAGAGAAAGAAAAAGAAAAAUUGA